AUGCACGCCUUAGAGUCGCAAAAACAUCCAGUUUGGGCAUGGAAGAGCGACGUCUACAUUCCCACUGCAUUGAUGCAUUGCGCCCCACAAGCGAGACUGGGAUGCCCUCAUUUCAUUGAAGCUCUCUAG